AUGUCGCUACUAGAUGUAAAAUCACACACUUUACAAUCACAACAUUCAAGAUCACCUUCACCCAAACCUAUUCUACGAAGAUUGGACCAGGAACUAUCUGAUGAUGAUGAUGAUGAUGAUGAUGAUGAUGAUGAUGAUAAAGAGGAAGACAUUCCCUUAGCUGUCAACAUUGAAGAUCAAUUGGCAAGAGAAUCAGAUAUCACAGUGUCGAACAUAAAACUGUCUCAAGCAGAAUACAGAGGAUUCACCAUUUACGUAUUAAGUUCAUUGGCACUUUUCUUAUAUGUUGCAUGGACUUUGGUACCACCGUCAACACUUCACAAAUUAUCUAUUGAUUACUACCCAGACAAGUAUUGGAGUGUUGCUAUACCCAGUUACUCAUUAAUGUUGAUGUUAUUCACCUAUUGGGUUCUUGCAUUAUACAAUACUGAAGUAUUGACGUUAAAAUUGGAUGAUAUAAAUACAUUUGUUGAUGAAUAUACCCAAUUUCCUAAUGACAAUAAUGAUCCUAAGAGUAGUAGUAAUCAAGUGAUUAAAGAGUAUAUACAUCAAGCUCCAAGUGGAGUAUGGGAUCUUCCGAUUACCAUGGUCAAUGAGGUAUUAUAUGAUGAUUUGGAAUGA